GAGCCUGCGCAGUAGAACCGGAUAAGAACAGACAGGAUCUGUCACUUCACGUUGUCGAGAAAAAGAAAUGCGUAAUUUUUCUUUCAAUUUUAACUUUUCUUAAACCAUGGCAGGCUCAGAAGACCAGAAGUUCUCCCUCCAGGAGGUCCUAGACACUUUUAAGUUGUGUCUGUCGGAAAAUAAAGAAGUCUAUCUAGAACAGUACGUCGCUGGAUGGCGUGGGCUUGUAAAGUUUCUGAACAGCUUGGGAAGUGUCUUUGGCUUCAUUUCUAAGGAUGCUGUCGGCAAGAUCCAGAUCCUUGUGAGUUAUAUGAAGGGUGAGAACGCUUCUCACUAUGCUACUGUGCAGUCGAUGGUAAAAUACGAACUGGACAAUAAUCUCGUGGAUGUGAACAAGAAAGGAAGCCACCCAGAGUCUGGCUGUCGUACUCUGCUGAGGCUCCACCGCGCUCUGAGGUGGCUGGAGCUCUUCCUGGAUCGCCUGCGCACCAGCACAGAAGACAGUAAAACAUCUGCCCUGUGUGCAGAGGCCUACAACGAGUCCCUUGCCCAGCACCAUCCGUGGAUGAUCCGUAAGGCUGCGGGCAUGGCGUUCCUCGUGCUUCCUGGUCGCCAAACCUUUUUCGAAGUAAUGAAUGUUGGCCCGCCUGAGCAAGUUGUGGCCAAGCUGGGGGAGGCCCUACCUCUCAUCUCUGAGGUGUACCAGAUCACAGAGGACCUAUAUGCUCAACAUAACCUGCUUGAUUUACCUUAGAAGCAAGAAGUGCUAAUAUCUGACGGCUCAUACUUUAUAUAAUUAAAUAUUUGUAACUUGUCCUUGGUGAAAGGCUGCUGAACAAGAUGCUUCUGCUGCUUGGAUUGUGUCAUAACUAGCUGUAAUACCACUAAGAUUAAUUUUGAAACUACUGUAUACAUGUUUUAACAUAAGAUUGUGUACAUUUUCCUCCACGUAAUGGACCUUUGAAUGUAUUUUUAUUAACUAAUCUUUUGCUUUUAAAUCAACAGUUCCCAGUCUAGGGCCAGAGAUCAUUUACAGUAUAUUAAUUAAUAUUAAUAUAUUGUUUGAAGAUUUUACAUUUUUAGACAGGUAGAAAUAUAUAAUUUAAAAAGCUGCACCUUUUAAACUUUUGACCAUCCACCCAUCAAUCUUUCUGAAUAAAUGAGCCCAGCCAUCUCUCAGAGGAAGGUUAAACAUGUAGGAUAAGAUCCUGUUGGUUUAAUUCUUAUAAUAUUUAACAGAAUAAAAUCCUUCUUAAAAUAACCAAUCUUAAAUAAUAAAAAUCAGUUUAUUAUUUAUUUUUUUAAAUCCUAAAGGACUUUUUGACUUGGUUUUGUAAUUUAGUUUAAAAUUGCAAUUAGAUAUUUAUAUUUGAAAAAGAAACUGAUCCUGAUUUUACCUUAAAUCCCUUUGUUAGAAAAAACUUUAAGUAAAGCUGUUGGAGAAACAGUCUUAGACAAUAAAUUAAUAAAAGUUAAAAUCUAAAAGAGUUUUUAGACAGAAUUUCAAUUUUCAAUUCUCUCCCAGCAGUCAAGAUUUAGAAAACAACAUGGCAAAAUAACUGCUUCUUUUAAAGCAUAAAUGACAAUACUGAUACAAACAAUACAAAACAAUUUCUUUUUCUUCAUUUCUAGAAGGCUUUUGAUACAGUUUACAAUGCCACCUUAAUAGACUACACAACACUACUUUACCCGGGAAUGCUGUAAGUUGGUUUUUAAGUUACUUGUAAGCUAACACAUUGUGUCGCUUUGCCUCGUCUGCCCUCCCUUGUCUUCUAUUAUUCAAGGAGUUCCCCAGGGCUCCAUAUUAGGACCACUAUAUAUAACUUUUCCAUUAAUUAAAUGCUGCAUUCUGUUUUUAUUCAGUCAUCUAUUGGUAUAAAUUAUUUACAGUUAUCAUUUACUGUUCAACUCCUUCAGUAGUAUGCAACCUGGAAUUUCUGCACUCAUUCUUUGAUGUUCCCAUUUGAUGUGGGAACAACUUCAAAAACAUAAUUAAGUUUGUGUUACAUGCAGACAAUUCCCAGUUCAGGUUCUUCUCAGAUGACCAAAAGCUCAUCUUAAAACUUGCAUCUUUGUUUAUUUCUUUACUUAUGUUUGUAUUUGUUGCAAUCUGCACUACCUUCUUGGCCUGGUCUCUCUUAACAAAGGUGUUUUAACCUCAGUAACACUAUUUACCUUGAUUUAAAAAAAAUGAAAAUCUGAAUUAAUGAAAUAAAAGGAAAUAUUGAUCUGCUUGAAGUUAUCAAAUUUCGGCUGGAGGAUGUUCAAAUUGCAUAGUUUUCCAUUGUGGUCAUGUUUGGGAAUAGCUGCUUUGGAUUGUUUUGUUUUGUUUUUUUAAGUUAAUUUAAAAACAUGAAGGGAACUACAGUGGGUCCCUGAAGUCUUGGGCUCCCGUUUAAAGCUGCUGUUUUUGCAACAACAUUUAUUCAAAGGAAAUAAACCAAGUUUGCAUUUUGGAUUUGAGAUUUCAGCAUUUAUAAGUAAUGAAGAAACAAUGAAAUGGCAAAUUAAUUAGAAGUUAACAAAUGUUUAGCUCUCAGAUAUGAAAACAGGCUGAAGAGAUUUAAUAUCUUAAGAGGAUUAACACAAAAGUUAUUUGCUGGCAUGAUGAUGAUAUUUUGUAAUGUUUAAAAGACCAAACAUUUAAUUGGGGAAACAUGACACAAAGUAAUAAUGAAUAAUAGUGAGGUAUACCAAUUAUGAAAAUUGUAUGGAAUAAAGUAAACUGUUACGUCAGUUUUUAAGCUGCCAUGCAGUAUUUAAUCCAGUGUUAAAAUGUUGAACUUUCUGUUGUAGAUAAUGAUUAUUAAUGACCUUUGUUCAUCCAUUUUCAUUUAUAAUAAUUAAUCAUCAUCCAAAUUUAUGGAAUAUGUUGUAAUAUAUCCAAAUAGAGACUUCAUUGGGAAAUGGCAUGUUGUAAAUCAUUUAUUAAAAAGGUUUAACUCUGUACAUUGUUAUUGUCCAUAAAUUCAUAUCACUUCAGUGUUUUACUACACAUCUGAUUUAGUUUUUUUCUUGUUAAAUUAAUGAAGAUUUGUAUUUUUGUUACAUGCAAAUGUUUAUUUAUGUCCACAUGAACAAAUGGUUUGCAUUAUGAAAUGAUUUAUGAUUAAUGUACAAAUAUUAUGAUAGAAUAUUGCAUUGUAUUUGGAACAAGCAUGUUCUGUAUUCUGUGUUAUUAUUCACUGAAACAUGUAAUAAACAUUGUAGGUGAAAAAAAGAAA